AAGGAAUCCUAACUCCCCUUCCUAUUCUUGCGCGGUGAUCACUUGAGAAAAGUGUUUAAUGGCAAGCCAGGGAAAAGAUGCACUACCAUUCCACAAGAACCUCCUGCAGAGUGAUGCCCUUCAUAACUAUAUCUUAGAGACGAGUGUUUACCCACGGGAGCAUGAACAACUCAAGAGAUUGAGAGAGGUGACUCUGAAACACAUGUGGGGUUUAAUGAGCACACCUCCAGAGGAAGGCCAGUUUCUCUCCAUGCUUCUAAAGCUCAUGAAUGCAAAGAAGACAAUAGAGAUUGGGGUGUUUACAGGUUAUUCGCUCCUUGUGACAGCAUUGGCAUUACCAAAGGAUGGCAACAUAAUGGCAAUAGACAUGGACAAGUCCUGCUACGAGAUAGGACUACCAUUUAUUCAAAAAGCAGGAGUUGAAUACAAGAUUAAUUUCAUUGAGUCAGAAGCAAUGCCUAUUCUUGAUAAAAUGAUUCAGGAGGAGAAGAAAGAAGACUCCUUUGACUUUGCAUUUGUGGAUGCUGACAAGUUAAAUUAUAGAGAAUAUCACGAACGUCUAUUGAAACUUGUUAAGGUUGGCGGAGUUAUUGCAUAUGAUAAUACUCUUUGGUUUGGUACCGUGGCUACUCCAGUGGAUUCUUUCGUUCCUGAAAUGGUUAUUGAAAAGAGAAAUUUCUUUAUAAAUUUUAAUAAUCUCUUGGCUGCUGAUUCUCGAAUUGAAAUAUCACAAGUUUGUAUUGGUGAUGGACUCACCAUCUGUAGGCGUAUUAUUUGACUAGGUAGUUUUGGCUACCAUCGUUCAUGUAUGCUCGAGCUAUAGUGGCAAGACACUAAAGUCAUUUGCUAUUAGCGAUGUCAAGAAGUUUUAUUAAGUGAAUCGAAUAAAUUUU